GACGUCGUUUGUGACGGAGCACAGGUUAUGAGCUCAAGUGAACAGUCCGAACAUCAACCCCAUCACGCGCUUGCUGGCUGGCCGCUACCAGCACUCCUGCACCAUGCUCUGCUGGUAAUCGCACUCACGGUAUCUGGCCGGGGGAGUCGCAUGUUCCCCGCAUGCAGCUGCGUAUAAGUCGUAGCACUGCACUUGACACGAACCUCCAUCACGCUACACGCUACUGGGCAUCUAUCGCAAGGCCUGCUUAGCUUCACUCUGGCGAGCUUCAUUCGAGAUCCUCGGUACCACGCUCGGAGGUACGAAGGCAAGUUUACGACACCGUGCAAAGGUGAAGAGGAACGAUGUCCACGAGAACAUUCUACCCGAUCGCGCACCAUCUCUCGCACCGUGGGUCAGAUGCAGAGUCUCAUCCGUGCAUAGCCGCGCUGUUGGGGCAGGGCCCGACGCGAGAGGCGAGCGAGACGAACCUCGUAGAGAAGAAACCGGUACACGUUGGCGAAAUCCACCGACAGCUGAGUUAUGCGCCGCUAGAAAACCCGAAGGUCAAGUAUACGUUCAAGCAAGAUGCGUUCGACGCGAGCGGCGAGAUUAUCGGACCAGGCGGACGCGCGGUAUACCACCUAGAAGACGAGGGGCGCGAGCAUAAGCUUCACGCGUUAAAACCCUACCCCCUCCACAUCACGCGCGUGGAUGGCUCGCGACUCGCGUCCGUGCACUGGGGAUAUGUGUCCGAUGGUACACGGCUCGAACCACAUGCUGUUUGGCAAACGGAAGGCAAGAUCAAGUACAAAGGUGGCAUCUUCGACGACAACCUCACCAUGACGCUUCCGGAUGGAAGACAAUAUCGCUGGGAAAUGGACUUCACGGCCGACCCACCACGAUGGCAAUUGCGCGACAUGCUCGACGUCGUCGUCGCCGUAUACCGCAUGCGCAGCAGGCGCACCCCAGCCGUGCUCGAGCUGCCCCCAGAGGAGCUUGGCCUCCUCGAGCCGUGCGUCAUGACUAUCUUCUAUCUCGAGUACAUUUCGCAUGGCGUGACGGCGAAACUACGGACGUCACCGGUGCACCAACCCCAACAGCAGGCGCCGAGGCGUAAACGCUCGAUGUAUGGCUUGAAGGGUGGGGAGUCGCAGAGCACUGUCGUUUCGGAGUUGUCGCUGUGAUUAGUAGAGCGGAGGUAACGGACCAACUGAAGGUCCAAAGGACACCAUGUAUUAGAGUGUAUUCGCCCA